AUGGACUUGCGGAUCACAAACUACGGCACGGAUGCCCGUGAGUAUGCCCUCGUGUCCAAGGUGGCGCAGCCCCACGACUACUCUGCGCUGUUGUCGCUGAUUUCGCUCCUCAUCAACACUGGGCUGUGCGUGGUCGCGUAUAUCAUUGCAAUUCCACAGCUCCGUGGGCGGAUUGAUUCGUCCUACCACGAAUGGUGCCCGAUUCCAAAUGCCGACGACAGGCACUUCGCCACAUGGACCCUCCUUCCAGUGCUUGUCGUGGCCCUGUACAUCAAAACGUCGUUUGCGACCACUGUAGUUGAAGAGUCUCUCUUGGUGAUCCCUCAAAUCGGUGUCCAAUUGCGGAAAAAGCAGCGGAAUGGCCACGAAACGUUCAUGGUACAUAUAUAUAUCAACUAUCGUGUUUGGUGUUGUAUCAUGUUGCGCGCGGUUAGUUCAUUGAGGCGACGUGCAUCAAGGCCGUGGUCAUCAACGAAGCGAUAUCGUUCUCGGACGUGAUCUACUACUUGGCCUUCCUCGUGGAAAACGAGCGCAAAAUGGUGCUUGCCUUUGAGACGUUUUGCCCACGAAUUGUAGCGCUGCAAAAGAUCUACCGAGGGACAAAGCAGUUACUCUUCCCAGAUGACACGAAAAUGACCAUGCUUUGACACUAGUGAAUUUACCAUAUGACGACAUGUGUACAUCUGGGAUGAUGAUGUACCAAGCAACGCGCAUGUUCCUUGUUAUCGAUCAUGGCGAUGGAUCGACGUCUAUAGCCGCAUGCUUCAUUGAUGAUUGAAACACCGAAAGUCCUGCAUCUACAUCGUCGU